GGCUCAGCCCUCCUAUCUCGAUUGCAUCCGACGAACCCGGUGGAGAAGAAAAAGUUCCAAAGACGAACGUUCGAACAUUCGAAAAGGGAAGAAAGUUCAUGGGGACAUUCCAUCGUUUGCAGUAAAUUAAAAAAAAGGAGAAAGGAAAGAUUUCGAAAUUAUUUCCUAAAUUUAAUAUUUAUUCACAGAAAGUGCAGUUCGCAAUCUUUUAAUUUCUCUCUCUUUUGGAAGAGCGAUUUUCGUCAUGAAAGUUCUUGUUUUUGCGCUCCUUUUCUGCCUGGCAAUCAUGGCUUCGACAACGCCGAUUUCUCAGUUUGAAGAUCCAAGAAUAGAGGAUGACAUAAAUUUACUUGAAUCUGUGCCACUGGAAGUAGAUGAAGAAGGCCAAUGCGUAUUCGUAAAAUCCGAGGAGGGACUUUACUCUUUCACCUCCCCUGGAACGGGCGACCAAGUCUGCGGAUUGUACAUCAUAGCGGAACCCGACAAAGAAGUCGAAUUUGAAUUCCAGUCCUUCGAUAUAUCCUGCUCAAAAGGAGGACUUAUCAGCGUCAUCGAUGGCUGGGAACUGAACGGGCAGUUCUUCCCAAGCCCACACGACCACCCCCUGCCUGCCGAAAGGAGAUACACGGAAUUCUGCGGAAAAGCGAAACCCAGGAAAAACUUCCGGACGUCCCAGAACGUCGGCCUCAUAGAAUUCCGAGUCCCGACCAAAGGUCAAGGUUUCUCAGUCUUCGUGCGAUUCCACUCUAAUCCGAAACCCUGCAACGCUGUUCUCCAAGAACCCCAGGGGGCCUAUACUCUACGGAACUACAAUCGCAAGUCCAACUGCAGCAUCUCUGUCAUUUUCCCUCUCACGGUCAACAUCCUCGCAGUUUCGGUGGGAGUGCAGAGCGGGUGGCCACAAAAGACUCUUGACUUCGAAACGGGACUCCUCACUAAGUGCCAUAAGAGGGGCAUUCAUGAUUAUGUAGAGAUUCGUGGAGGUGAUGGCCUGGAUCCUAAUCUCAUGAAAUUGGCAGUCGAUUAUUGCGGACUCAAAUCUCGUCCAAGUGAGCAUCCAAUCAGCGUGGCUUGCGGGAACACAGCUAUCCGCCUGGUCUCCAGCGGCCACUUCGAGAAUUCCGUUACUUUCACUUUUGGAAUACCGACGGAUUUGUCCUCUCUCGAUCUGAUAUGCCCCUCCUUCCUCUCGGCACUGUGAAGCCAUGAGGUUUUCACAUUCUGUAUGGAUACGUUUCAUCCAAGUGAUUUCACAUCCUCAAAACCUUUCGCCAAAAUUAAAGAAAAAUACUUUUAAUACUACUCGGAUAAAUGGAAUAUAUGAAGAGAAAAAAAUCCAGUAAUUUAUUUCAGACUUUUCGUCAUGUAAUGAUUCUAAAUUUCUUGUAGCACAUUUUGAACCAGUAUUUUUUACGUUGUCGAACAUCUCCAGACAUUUUAAGCAAACCUUUAUUUCCAGCGAUAGAAGCAUGUGUAAACGUUGGUUAAAAUUCAAUGUCUUAGUAAAUACUCUUUUGUGGAUGCAUUAAUUUAAAGCACAUGUUUUAAGCAUUGAAUAUAUAAAUGUUCAUCCUGUUACUAAUGUUUACUUUCAAAUAAUUCAUUCUAGUCAUUACGAGAAGUAUUUAUUGUUUUGUAACUUUAUCGUACAGUUAUCAAUUUUUUAGAAUCCUGUCCAUAGUGCGACGUGCUGGUUCUGCAUUAUACGUCAAUCUGUGUAUGUAUUUGCGUUAGACUGUUUGUUCUGAGUUACUGUUUUAUUAAAAUGUUUCUUGAUUUUCAUGAUAAAGAAAGCAAUUUGCAAA